UUCCCUGGGGAGGGGGGAGAUAAGAGCCCCUGUUGGGGAGGGGUCUCCCAAGUAGCCAGCAUGCUGAGGCCUGGAGGCUGCCCUCUGGGCCCAGCGCUUCGCCGACGGCUCCAGGCCGCGGCCGUCCUCCAGUGGGUCUUCUCCUUCGUGGGGCUCGGCCCGCUGUGCCUGGCCCUGUGGGCCCUGAUGCUGGUCAGCAGGGCCUGGCUGGUGGCCCUGGCCUACGUCGCCUGGCUGUCCUGGGACCGGGAGACCCCCCGCACCGGAGGGCGCCGCGCCGCCUGGGUCCGCAACUGGCCCGUCUGGACUCACUUCCGAGACUAUUUCCCCAUCUCCCUGGUGAAGACGGCUGAGCUCUGUCCGUCCCGAAACUACCUGUUUGCCUUCCACCCUCACGGCGUCCUGGUGGCCGGGGCGUUCACCAAUUUCUGCACGGAGGCCACCGGUUUCUCGCGGCUCUUCCCCGGCCUGCGGCCUCACUUGCUCAUGCUGCCCUGCUGGUUCCACAUCCCGCUCUUCCGGGACUACAUCAUGACCGCUGGUCUGGUCUCCUCCGACAAGGCCAGCGCCGCUCACGUGCUGGGCCAGGCCGGGGGCGGGCAGGUGGCGGUGAUCGCGGUGGGCGGCUCCGCCGAGGCACUGGAGGCCAGACCCUCGGCCCUGACCCUGCGUCUCCGCGACCGGAUGGGAUUCGUCAAGCUGGCCCUGGAAUACGGGGCUUCCCUGGUCCCCGUCUUCUCCUUCGGCGAGAACGACCUGUACGACCAAGCCCCCAAUCCGCGGGGCUCGGGCCUGCGCCGCGUCCAGGACUGGCUCCUCCGUCGGCUGGGCCUCGCCUUCGCUCUGUUCCACGCCCACGGCCUCCUGCCCUUCCGGACCCCGGUGACCACAGUCGUGGGUGCCCCCCUCCCCGUGCCCCAGACAACGCACCCCAGCCGGGCUCAGGUGGCCAGCCUCCACCAGACCUACGUGGCCGCGCUCAUCCGUCUGUUCGAGGAGCACAAAGGCCGCUACGGGAUCCCCCCGGACCGACACCUGGUCAUCGACUAGAUGUCCCCCGGCCCCAUGCCUCAUCACGGACUGGUUCCACCCCCCGGUCUGCCACCUGGUCAUCCACGGGUUCCCCCGUCCCAGACCGACACCUGGUCAUCGACUGGACGCCCCCCGGCCCAAUACCUGGUCGCCGACUGGUCGCCUCCCCAAUCUGC